AUGGCUAUCAUCGGAGGCCGCGAGGAGCUCGGCGACGCUCGCUUAACGAGGAUCGCACAAGGGGAUGAUCGGAAAUGGUACACCAAGAAGAAUCUAAGGACUUUGUACCUGAUUCUGGUGCCGUGCAGUCUUGGUGUUGAGUGGACUUCUGGCUUCGAUUCAUCAAUGAUGAACUCGCUUCAAGCGGUUCAAUCCUGGGUUGAUUACUUUGACAAUCCCACAGAAGGACGACUUGGUCUCCUGAAUGCCAUGUACUCGCUGGGGGCCCUUAUGGCCAUCCCCUUUGUCCCAUCUGUUUCGCAGUUACUCGGUCGCCGCUGGACCAUCUUGAUGGCUUCUUUGAUCAUGUGCCUCGGUGCUGGUUUACAAGCAGGCGCUAUCAACGUCGAUAUGUUUCUCGCCUCGCGCUGGGUCCUCGGUUUCGGCAUUCCCUUUGCCAUCGUCAACGCAUCCUCUCUGAUUGGCGAGCUGGCAUAUGCUAAAGAGCGGCCGAUUAUGACAUCGAUCUUCAACGCCUCAUGGUUCGUCGGCGCUAUCGUCGCGGCUGGUGUAACGUACGGCACGUUUCAGAUGAGUAGCACAUGGGCAUGGCGACUGCCCUCCAUGUUACAAUUCGUCCCGAGUCUCUGCCAGAUCGUCUUCCUGCCCUUCUGUCCGGAAAGCCCCCGCUGGCUCAUCUCCAAAGACCGUGGCGAAGAGGCUUUCGCCGUCCUACAAAAGUAUCACAGCGAAGGCGAGCACGGCGACGAAUUCGUUCGGCUUGAAUACGCCCAGAUCCAGAGCACCAUCGCCCAGGAACAGGAAGUGGCCAAGGCCUUCCUUUGGGCCGACGUCUUCCGUGACCCGCCCAUGCGACGUCGUUUCCUGCUGGCAGCUAUUGUGGGCUUCUUCAGUCAGUGGAGUGGAAAUGGGAUCAUCUCCUUCUACAUGAAGAAGGUUCUCAACCUUGUUGGCAUCAAGGACAACCUAACUAUUCAGAAGAUAAUCUUGGGAAAUACCUGCUGGGGCUUCAUCAAUGCUGUGCCUCUUGCCUUGAUCGCUCCUAGAUUCCGCCGUCGUCGCAUGUUCCUGACUUGCACAAUUGGUACCGCCUCUGUGUAUACCGUCUGGACGAUUGCUUCGGCGCGGUUUGCCAUUGAGAACUCCGCAAGGGCUGCGAUUCCUGUUCUGAUAUUCAUCUUCGUGUACUCGCCCUUCUACAACCUUGGCUGGAAUGCGCUGGCAUACACAUACAUGGUCGAAAUAUUCCCCUACUCCCAACGAUCACAGGGCAUCGCCGUUGAGCAACUGACGGUCCGAUUUGCCGUAUUCUUCAACACGUACGUCAAUCCGAUCGCACUUGACAACAUUGGCUGGAAGUACUAUAUUGUGUACUGUAUAUGGAUCCUGGUUGAGAUUGCCACGGUUUACCUGCUAUUUCCAGAGACUUAUAACCGAACCUUGGAGGAGUUGAGCUUCAUGUUUGAGGGCAAGGAUGUCCAGGACAAGGUGCAGCAUAAUGUCGACAAGCAGUUGGAGAUGGAACCUGUGAACAGAGUCAAAAAAGCACCCGACGGGAGAACGGAGCAGUCGAAGGCUUGA